UAAAUACACAAAAAUAUUAGUCCAUAAGUACAUGUACACGUGUAUAGGUAUUGUCAAACAGCCAGAUAUUUACCAGACAUGAAGUAAGCCAGGUUAUUUGAUUUAUAUUGACCACAUGUCUGUGGACUAUUUUAAGUGCCAGGGGGUUAAAUACCUGGCGUUAGCAUGUAUUAUCUAAUAAUAUUACGUAAAUGUGUAUAUCACCAUGCCACGUGGACUACUGGACACGUGUAUCUUUGGUAUUUAAGUACCACAUAUUAAGUAGUUCGGGGCAGUAGUCGGGAGGCGGUCAACGGGCCACUCCAAGACAAUGUCCUGGACUGAAAGCCCAGGAUAAUUCAUUACACUACUGUUGGAAUUAUGUUUGUAUGUUUACUAUGUGUGUAAACCAGGAUUAAAAAAAAUUGUCAACCAAGGAGUGUACAAUAAUGACUUCACCAACAUCUACGACAUCUCCAGGAAGAAAAUGUUUAUCUCAACAUUCAUUGAUUCACUCUUGUGUUUGAGGAGAUGUGAGUUUAACGGCCAUUGAGCAAACGAUAUUACGGAUUACAGACGUUAUGAAAGUAGUACGGGGUCUCUUAAGGAAUGGAUUGAUUCAUGUUAUUACAACACAGAAGUAGAGAGGCCGCUUACUAGCAUGCCUCUUUUAGUAAAAUUUUCUUCCAGUCUUUCAACCUCGAGCAAUGAGAAUAGCACAUAACGGAGAUAGUUAAUGAUUUUCUGAACAAUAAAAUAGGCUUUCCGAAAUCAUGGACCUGGACAAGUACGAUAUUUGUGGCAAAGGAUUUGAUCUGAAAUCAUAUACCAACAGUCAUGCGGUUGCACCUACCGACGAAAAACUUUACAAAUGCGAUUUAUGUGAUAAGAAAUUUAAACUCUCUGCAAAUCUUAGGAAACAUAAAAUCAGACAUACUGGAGAAAAGACACACAUAUGUGAUAUCUGUGGUAAAGGAUUUGGUCUUAAAUCAGAUCUCAGCCAUCAUCGGGCAGAACAUAUUGGUGAGAAACCUUACAAAUGUGGUGUUUGUGGUAAGGGAUUCGGUGGGAAAGCAGCUCUUAGCGUUCAUCGGAAGGCCCAUACAAGAGAGAUACAUUACAAAUGUGAUAUUUGUGAUAAAGAAUACAGACGAUCUUAUGAUCUAAAAAAACAUAAAACAACACAUACUAGAGAAAAAACAUUCACAUGCGAUAUUUGUGGUGAAGGCUUUCGUAGGAAAUAUAAGCUCCGUCGACAUCGGACAACACAUACCAGAGAGAAAUCUUACAAAUGUGAUGUUUGUGGAAAGAUAUUUAGUUACGCAUCUUUACUAAAGCAACAUAACAUGAUACAUACUGGAGAGAAGCCUUACACGUGUGAUGUAUGUGGUAAGGGAUUUUGUCGGCCAUAUCCCCUUAAGCUACAUCUGAUAACACAUACUGGAGAGAACUUUUUACAAUGGAAUACUGAUAACAAAGGAUUAGGUCAGAAAAUAGGUCCAAAGAGACAUAAGAUAAGCCAGGACAUAGAAAAACGUCACAAAUGUGAUGUUUGUGGUAAGGCAUUUUGUAAAUUAUAUUUACUUAAGCUACAUCAAGAAACGCAUACCGAAGAGAAAUCUCACAAAUGUGAUAUUUGUGGUAAGGGAUUUAGACGACCAUAUGAUCUGAAAACACAUAAAAUAACACAUACUGGAGAGAAACCUUACAAAUGUGAUAUUUGCGGAAGUGGAUUCGGUCACAAAUCAACUCUUAAACGUCAUCUGAUAGCACAUGUGAUAAAGAAUUCUUACAAAUGUGAUGUUUGUGGUGAACAAUUAAGUCGAUCAUCAUCUUUUAAAAGACAUAAAUUAACACAUACCGGGGGCAUGUGUAACAAGGCAACUUAUGACACGGCAGUUACAACAGAUCAGAUCUACUGUAGUGAUGAUAAGGUUAAAUCAGUGUCCCUACAGCAAAUUCCUCAAAUGUCACAAAACACCACAAAUUACACUAAACAAGCCGAUAACUCUUUUCAAAACUUUGAAAUGAGUGAUGAAACUUGUGUUGAUGAGCCUGUCAGUGUUUGUAAGGCUACCUGUAUUAGCGGGAAAACCGGCGUUAGGGUAACUGAGACUCUCAGUGCAAGCGAGAAUGUCAGUGAAAGCGAGAAAGUCGGUGUAAGCGAGACAACUAAUGUAAACGCUACGUCCAUUGGCGGUAUUGACAAAAGUGAUGGCGGUAACGCCAGUGUUUCUGAGGCUUAUGAUGCUGGUAUUGAUAGACAUGUAAGUAAAUACACGUACUAUAGUAAUGUAAUGUAUCCCGGAAUGAAGGUCCUGAAGACGGAGGAAGGUGUUCCGGUGAUUACGUAUAGCGUUGAGAAUAUGGUACAGCAUUACUAUGGAAUACAGACUAGAAGGUGAAUAAGGAUGAAUACAAUUGAUAAUUUUCAUGGUGUAAUGUGGCUGAAAACAAAUAACGAUAAAUGCUGGUAACUGGGUAGUGUGUAGAACACCAUUAUUCGGACAUGCAGUACUCCAGUACCAGUAGUCGACAAACUUAUGGUAUGGUCUUGAUAGAGUCCUAAUAUAUCCUACAGGUGCAUAUCCGAUACUUUUUAACUGUGUCACAAAUGGCUGCAUCUGACCAUGGAGUACUGCUGUCGAUCGAAGCGUGUGCACAUGUGUCGGAAAAGCAGGUUUGUUUUUCCUGUGAAUGAUGUGAUGGUUCUAUACCGACACUACAAAGUUUUUAUUAAAGUAAGAAACAAUAUUAUAAAUGUUGAUAAUUGACAUGCUUUUCAUCAAGUCUUUAUUGUUUGCUGACAUAAUAACAUUUUGUAUAAAAUCAAAUCCCCCCAAAAACUUUAAAAUGAAGCAAAUGGUGGUCUGGUGUUGCUGGAAAAGUGUCUUCUUGCUCCUGUAAUGCUUGCUGUAAUUGUGGCGAUGGUCCUUCAAUAGGUGAUUUCUUUAAGGAAGGUGCUCAUUAUAAGUUCUUCUGAUGGCGUUGAUUCUUGUAAUGGCGUCGAUCGUGUAGUGUUUGUGCAGAUUUUUGUAAUGGCCUUGAUCCUUGUAAUGGCCUUGAUCUUUUUAAUGGCGUUGAUCGUAUAGUGGUGGUCUUCUUGGAACGUCAGCAAUGUCGCGGCGCCAAAUGUGAACUACACGUUGUAUAGUCACUUGUAGAAUGUUGUGUAUGGUGUAUGUAGAUGACUAUAAGAAUGAUGAUCGACGCCGUAGACUCUUCUUCGUAUUUAUUAUGUACAAGUCCUAUACAUAUAUGGUAUUUACAAAGUACAUGUUCAGUGAGGUCGAGAGUGUCCCCGCCCGGCCUACUGGCCGGACUGUCCCGAGGACUAGUCACCUAUCUCUCUCUCCUUCCUAACUUACUCUUCGUGUCCCAAUGCUUACUUUUAUGCUAGGGACGAUGUGAAUUACAUAAUCCAAAUCACUAAAUACUAGGUAAAUAUAUAACUCGUGUCCAAAUAGACAGAGUUCUCAUGUAAAUGGCAUUGUAUACCCGGGGCAGUGUCCGUGUCAACAGGUAGUAGCCACGUUUACAAAUAUACUGCCCUUUGGACAUACCGUGCCAUCUGAAUAUAAAUUUCCGAAUUCGUAAUAAUUUUUUUAUAAAUUUCAAAAUAAAUCAUUAUACUUCAUACUGAUUACUAAUACAAUAGAUAACUGUGUAUCGAAAUACAUUUUUUUUUCAACGAUUGCUUAUUAACCGUGCAAAAAUGGUCACAAUAAUUUCUAGUAAUGUAGACCGACCCUUCGGGUUCCCUCUGAUAGAUUUCCUUUUUUUAAAUGUUCAAUGUACUUAUCACAAAAAGCACAUAAAAACAUAUAACACCACGUUCGUUUUACUACCAGGGCCACAUAAUGAUAUGUAUUAAUUGAUAGCUGAACCAUAUUUUUUUAAGGAUUUUGGUAGAUUUUUUUCUUUCCCCAAUAAUAUCCACCUAAAGCAUAACAAGAAGUUUAUAUCCUAUUCAUAUCAUUCGUAUGAGCAAUAUCAUUCAUAAUUGUCAAAAAAGAGAAGAUUCUUUGGAUGGUUAACAAAAUAUUGCUAAUUCAUACGAAAAGCCUAUUAUUUUAGUGAGAAAUUGUCUAAGAAAAAAAACACGUUUGUUUGUUUUUGUUUGUUUGUUUAAUUUGUUU